CUUCCGGCGCUGCACCGCCACUCCUCCUCUGACAUCUCCAAGCAGAAGUUCGGAACGAUGCCGCUCGUCCCCAUCAGAGGAGAACAACAGCAGCAUGCUGUCGGCCAAAAAGACGCUGAGGAAACUACACGACCGGAGAACUCUGUCCAUGUACUUUCCCAUGGAGGUCCAGCAGGACUCGUUCGAGGAGCGCUCAGAGUCUCCUGACCUGCCCGAGCCGCUCUACGCUGACUUCGACCUGCAGGUCCUGAAGUCUCUGGAGACCAGCUUCCUGUCCAGCAGCAUCGCAGAGACCCAGGAAGUUCCAGACCACCCCCCCACUCACUUUGGUUGCCGUGGAGACCAGGCAUUUGGAUCACAUCAUCAUCCCGGAAGCGGUCUGGAUGGCGAGAGGCUCCGUGGAGACUCUGGAGCAGAGCAGCAGGAGCCGGCAGAGGGGAUGGCUCCUCCGCUGCAGGCUCUCCAGACUCAGAUGCUGCCGGCCAGCCCGCGGUGAGAAGGAGGCAGACGCUGCAGGGAGUUUGCACGCCAUCGCAGGAGCUGUCCUCCGCCUUCAUCAAGAAGACCAUGAAGGAAGAGCAGGAGGAAGAGGAGAGGCCCUAUGAUGUCUGAGGACCGAAAGGUGGAGUCACAUGAUCUCUCUCCAUUCACAGCACGCCAGCAGUCGACUCAAGGUGGCCAUUCAGGUUACAGAGACAACGAUCACAUGACCUCCUACAGGACAUGUCAGGCAGACUUUACUGUAAAAACUGCGGCUGAGGAGGGCCAUGUGAUGCGGUCGCCUGUAGGUGAUUGGAGCUCAGUUCGGGGCUGUGCUAACAUCAGCGACUCUGACUUUUUCAGCCUGCGUGCAGCGUCCUCUGCAGCCAGGAGAGGGCGCUGUAUCAGUUUGUACUUGACAGACUGAGAGCUGAGUCGUUCUCUUUAUGUAACAGGAAGUUUGAUCACACGUGUUUGAAUGUAAAAUGACUCACAAGCGGUCAAAAAUGUUUUUAUGAUAUUUUAAUGUUUCCAACAAGUCUAAUCUGAUAUCUCACAUCAGCAUCCUUCUCGAACCUGUCAGUUCAAAUACUCGAUGAAGCUCACACAGGUAAAGGAGGAAGGCGUCACGAGAAUCAGUAACAGGUAACCCGCAGCGCUGUUCCUGCGGAUGUGUUUAAAUAAAGUUAGAAGAGACUAAGUGACAGAGAGCCGGCUUCAGUGAGACUCUGGGAUUACACAUCAGAUUACACAAACGAUGACAUCAUAGAAACGCGGCACUGUGAAGAUUAAAUUGAAGUAAACAAGCUGCAACAUGUGGAACAAAUCAAACUGUGAACACAGUUGGUCACAUCUAAACGCAGGCGCCUCAUUGGUCAGUUCUACACGUCUGCGUGUAAAGUGACCAAUGAGGCGCCUGCCUCAGUCUUAAACUGGCGGUCUGGAAGUCGUGCGAGUUGGUUUGGCGCCUCCUGCUGGGACAGUGUAACGUGAUACAUCUCCUGUUGUCAGGCCUGCAGGUAUCAGGCUGUUGUUCUCCUUUAUCUCAUAGUGGACAGAAAUUAUUUUUUGUGGCACAAAACGCCUUGGCAGCAUUUUUAGGUAAACAGCUGCAAAAAACUUUGUUGUUUGCAAAACUCAGUUACUUUUUUGAAGAAGUAACUAUAUAAUUAAUUGCCCAACAUUGGUCAUUAUAUACUGUAUUUUGCAGACAGAGAGUUACAGGACUCUCUCCCAGACCACAGACUCAGACUCAUAAUACAAGUCAGAGCUUUAUAAUAGAAAGAAAGAAAGAAAGUUGUGUUUUCAAAAUUGGAGUUCAAGUUAUUUUUACUUCCAAUAGUGUUAACAUACUACACAGGUCAUGAACAAGAUUUUUUUUACAUUUUCAUUGUAGUUGUGAGCUAACGCAGUUAAUUAAAAGUAGUCUAACAUAAAUGUAAAUGCUGUAAUUUGAUUAUUUUAAUAAACCAUGUAACUUGGAUGGAUUCGAUGCUGGCGUGACCACAGUGCACACGUCUGCUGUUGCUCACAGUGGUCCAAGGGACGCUCAGGGAGUUUGUGUGUUCGCUCAGACACAUAAAAAAUU